AUGCGCAAAACGCGGACGCACAGACGUCUCUCUACUCGUCUUCCCUCGCUCUGUCUUUCCCAGCAAACUCGAGUCUCUCGUUCUAAAGCGUUCUUGUCGCACACACACACACGCCCGCCCGCCCGCACGCACGCACGCCUUUCUUUUCACUUGUUCUUUUCCUCCGUAGAUUUUGGCUCUUCGACAGCGAAGGUAGUGCCGUUCGCGUACUCACACUAUCACGGUUGCGCCGCUCCUCCUCCUCCUCCUCUCUUCUCCACCAUUAUGCAGGAGUUCCACGCGUUUUCGGUGUCUCCAAGCACGGAGCACAGGCUGGACAUCCCUGAGGGGUGCGGCUUCCACCUGUCUAUCAUUUCCCUCCCGCGCGGUGCCAACGGCAAGACGACCGUGUACGUGUCCGCGGAUGGCAAAUCGUACGCGCUGGCCUCUCUCGACUCGCAGAAGAACAUCCUUCAGGUACCUCUCGACCUCAUUUUUAACUACCGACAGCACGUCAUCUUCUUCGCGAAGGGCUCGGCGACGGUGCACUGCGUCGGCUACCGCCAGGAGCUGGACCUCAGCGAUGAUGAUGAUGAUGGCAUGGAGAACGGCAGUGAUGACGACGCCAGUGACGCUGAGAAGGCGGCGAUGAUGCUGCCGGUGGAUGCCAUCACGGAUGCCGGGACGGCAAAGAAGAAGGCUGCCGCUGCCGCCGAGAGGUUCUCCGAGGAUGAGAAUGAGGAACUGAUCGACAGCGCUGAGGACUCAUCCGCCGAUGCGGCGUCCGAUGAUGGCUCCAAUGGCAAGGAAAUGGAGGAGGAGGAGGGUGACAGUGACGAAGAGGAUGAGGAGGAAUAUGAUGAUGAUGACGAGGAGAUCGACAGCGACAUUGCCGAGGAGCCGGCGGGGAUGCAGGCACGCGAUGAGGACCCCACCGCCCCGUCUUCGGAAGAUGAGGAGGAGAGUAACGAUGAUAAAUAUGACGAGGAGAGCGAUGACCUCGCCGCCAUGGAAGAGGACGAUGACGAGAAUGAGAAAGACGAGGAGGAGGAGGAGCCGCCUAUGAAGGCGAUGCGUUCAGAGGGCCGUCCCAGCAGUGGUUCGCCUCAGGGACGCACCAACGGUCACUCUCCUCAGGGCCGCCCGAGCGGUGGUUCGCCGCAGGGACGCACCAACGGUCACUCUCCUCAGGGCCGCCCGAGCGGUGGUUCGCCGCAGGGACGCACCAACGGUCACUCUCCUCAGGGCCGCCCGAGCGGUGGUUCGCCGCAGGGACGCACCAACGGUCACUCUCCUCAGGGCCGUCCGAGCGGUGGUUUGCCGCAGGGACGCACUGCCAGCCACUCUCCUCAGGGCCGUCCGAGCGGUGGUUUGCCGCAGGGCCGCCGCCGUUUCUAA